AUGUUAUUACAAUAUGCAACAGCCUAUCAGUACAUCGCAACCAGCAUUCUCAUUGCCCACUCAAUGGCCCAAGAUAUGCUCGACGAUGUCGAAGGUCAGAACACAGCCGGAGCAGAAGGCCCUUCGGACGGUUCAGUAGGAGUCACGUCAACGGGGAUGAUAAUACUCUGCACAAUAGUCGGUGUUGUUGCGGUCAUUGGAAUCUCAUCCGCAGCGCUAUUCGUCAUCGCCAAACGCCGUCAAUGGGAAAUGAGGGAGGCUAUUCGUCGCUCUGCUAGACAAAUCACCCAGGCUGUGAAGACGCCGUUGACGCCUAGAUUCCCAAGCUCCCAGCUUCGACAGCUUUCAUCGGAAUCGAAUUUAGGAGAUUCCGGAAAACAGAGAAGAGAAGCGGGUCGACGAGACAAUGAUAUGGAAAAAAAUGCUGACGUUACUGAGCAUGAAUCAUCUGGAAGCAAUAAAACUAGAACCUGGGGAAAGUUGUUUUCCUUUGGUCGUAAAUAG